AUGGCAUCAGAAACCAACGCCGUUAGCAACAGCAGUCUCGCCAUUCCGCUCAUAGAUUUUUCUCAUUUCCUCCACGGCACUCCUUCUCAGCGCCUCUCAACUGCACAAUACAUCCUACGCGGUUUCCAAACGGCUGGAUUCAUCUACCUAACCAACCACAGCAUCCCCCUCCCAACGGUUUCAAAAGCUUUCACCACAUCCUCACUCUUCUUCCAACGCCCACAAAAGGAAAAAGAAGCCUUGGGCUGGACAACUCCAGAGUCAAAUCGAGGUUACGUCUCGCAGGGUCGGGAAAAAGUUUCGACCUUGCUCAACAAACAAGAUGUCGCGGCGUCUCGCGCCCUCGCUCCGGAUCUGAAAGAGAGUUUUGAGAUUGGAAGGGAAGGUGCAGAUGGCACGCCGAAUAACUGGCCGGGUGGCGAAACUGAUAUGCCAGGGAGGGAGUUCAAAGAAGUGAUGUUGAAUUUCCAUGAUUUGUGUAAACAGCUCCAUAUCGAAGUCAUGCGCGCCAUAGCCGUGGGUAUGGGUUUGUCCGAGUCCUAUUUCGACAGCUAUACAGACGUAGGCGACAAUACGCUGCGUCUACUACAUUACCCUGCCGUGAAUAAGGAAGUGUUUCAUGCAAAUAAAUUGCAAGUUAGGGCAGGUGAGCAUACGGAUUAUGGGAGUAUUACGUUGUUAUUUCAGGAUGACCAGGGUGGAUUGCAGGUGAAGAGUCCAGAUGGCACCUUUGUUGAUGCUACGCCUAUCCCGGGGACGGUAGUUGUUAAUGCGGGAGAUUUGUUGGCCAGAUGGAGUAAUGAUACGAUUAAGAGUACGCUGCAUAGAGUUGUGGAACCACCUACUGCUGAAGACGGGGAUAUGCAUUCUGCUAGGUAUAGUGUGGCUUAUUUCUGUAAUCCGAACUUCACGAGUCGGAUCGCGGCUAUCGAGGGGACGUAUGGAGGUGAGAAGGGGAGCAGGAAGUAUGAGGACAUUAACUCUGGGGAUUAUCUGGUACAGAGGCUAUCGGCUACUUACUAA